ACCAUUUUGGCUCUCAGUUAGCUUUUAGUUUCUAAAAAAAAACGUAUAAUUUCUCCCGCUUUUGUAUUAAAGUUAAAACAAACACAGAGCCGUCAGCUGUUUGGAUCUGAACCCGAGCCUUUGUUCUUCAGGGAAAUGGACGGAGAAGAGGAAGACUUUGUGUCCGGGAGAAACUCUGACGAUGGAGGCGGCACUCCGGUUCAGGAUGAACUCCCGGGGUCAGACGGCGGCCAUCAGUCUGAGGACGAUGGCAGUAACGAUGGAGACGCCCCGAAACCCAUGGAAGGAGGAGGCAGUGAUGAUGAAGAGGAGCAGCGAAGAGGAGGCGGCAGCGAUGAAGAGGCUCGUCCUCGAGCCGCCGACAGCGACAACGAAUCCUCUCCUCCGGUGAAACGCAGGAUGAGCGGCUCAGAGGACGAGUCGCCCGCCAAACACACGUCAGAUAACGAGGAGGGCGGGGCGUCGCCUGCCGCCAAACGCAGGGCGAGCAGCUCAGACAUGGAGGAGGAAGAGGAGGGGAAGAAGGAGGAAGAGGAGGAGAGGAAGAAAGCAGACAGCGACUCGGAGAACGACAAACACCACAGUGACUCUGAAACAGAGACGCCUGCAAGACGCAAGGCGGCACAGAUAGACUCUGGGGGGGAGGGGGGGGCGCAGCAGGAGGAGGGAGGAGGAGGAGGGAAGUGGAAGGCUGUCAUGCAGUCUGAUAGUGAGGAGGAAGAGGAGGGCAAACAGAAGAAGGCUGCAGCAGCAGGAAGUGAUGGAGAGCAGCAGAAAGACGACAGUGAAGACGAGAAGCCAGUGAAGAGGAAGAAGGCCAUCCUGUCAGACAGCGAGGAAGAAGACGAGGAGAAGACCAACAAACCAGUGAAGAGGAGUCGGGCGAUGUCUGACGAGGAGAACUCGGACAGAGACGGCCAUGACGACACGUUAGCCAAACUGAGGGAGCUGGGCUCAGACAGCAGUGAUGAAGAGGAGGGGUCAAAGGUCACAGAGGAGAAGAAGGACGAGAAGGCUCUGUUCGGGAGCGACAGCGAAUCAGGAGAGGGCGAGGAGGAGGAGAAGAUGAUCGCUGACAUCUUCGGAGAGUCCGGGGACGAAGAGGAGGAGGAGUUCACCGGAUUCAACCAGGAGGAUCUGGAGGAGAAGAAGGAGGCGCAGGAGGAGGAGCAGCAGCAGGAGGACUCGGACUCUGACGAGGGGGUGGACCGCAGCGGGCAGGACAUGAGCAUGAUGUCAGACUUCGACGUCAUGCUGGCGAAGAGGAAGGCGAUGAACAGCCGGAAGCGCAGAAACCGUGACGGAGGAACGUUCAUCAGCGACGCCGACGACGUGGUCAGCGCCAUGAUCAGCAAGAUGAACGAGGCCGCCGAGGAGGACCGCACUCUGAACGCUCUGAAGAAACCGGCGUUAAAGAAACUCACGCUGCUGCCGCACGUGAUCCUGCACCUGAGGAAACAGGACUUGAAGGAGACGUUCAUCGACAGCGGCGUGAUGUCUGCCAUCAAAGAGUGGAUCAGUCCUCUUCCAGAUAAAUCUCUCCCUGCUCUGAGGAUCCGAGGAGAGCUGCUGCGCAUCCUGCAGGAGCUGCCCAGUGUGAGUCAGGAGACUCUGAAGCACAGCGGCAUCGGGCGCUCCGUCAUGUUCCUCUACAAACACCCCAAAGAGUCCAGAGCCAACAAAGACCUCGCCCUCAAACUCAUCAAUGAGUGGUCUCGGCCCAUCUUCGGCCUCACGUCGAACUACAAAGCAAUGACGAGAGAGGAGAGGCAGCAGAGAGACCUGGACCAGCAGAUGCCUCAGAAACAGAGACUCAGUCGGGGGGGGCAGACGCCUCGCAGAGAUCUGGAGAAACAGCUGACCGGAGAGGAGAAAGCUCUGAGACCAGGAGACCCCGGGUUCUGCGCCCGCGCCCGCGUGCCCAUGCCCUCCAACAAGGACUACGUGGUGAGACCCAAGUGGAACAUCGAGAUGGAGUCAAACAGGCUCGGCCCCCUGAAGAAGGGGAUGUCUCGCGUUGAUAAACAGAUGAGGAGGAUCGCAGAUAUUCGACGCAUGACGAAGCCGGGCCACGCCGUGAAGAUCAGCGUUCAGGGGAACCACAUGCCGCUCUGAUUUGAGAUCCUUAGCAUUUAGUAUUCUUUAUUUUGUAUGUGUUUUCCUGAAUAUCCCCAAUAAUCUCCUGCUGCUCCUCCUGAGGUCAAAUCACAGAGAAGAAGUGAGGAAACAUUCAGAGUGGAUUCCAAAAUGAUCCUCAGAAUCAGAGAUAGCUCGAUGCUAACAUAACGGGUUCAUUUGUUGUCCCAAUAUUAGCUUAUGUUAGUAGUUAGCUCCAAUGCUCUAGCUCUAAGGUAAUUUUAGCCGCUAGCUACGUUAGCUUCAGCUCUGCAUUAAGUAACCUUGGCAAGUUAGCAUACUAAUGUUAGCACACUAGCAUCAUUAGCCCAAGCUAGGAGUUAACUAAUGUUAGCACACUAGCAUCAUUAGCCCAAGCUAGGAGUUAACUAAUGUUAGCACACUAGCAUCAUUAGCUCAAGCUAUGUUAGCACACUCUCAUCAUUAGCCCAAGCUAGGAGUUAACUCAUGUUAGCACACUAGAAUCAUUAGCCCAAGCUAGGAGUUAACUGAUGUUAGCACACUAGCAUCAAUAGCUGAAGCUAGGAGUUAACUGAUGUUAGCACACUAGCAUCAUUAGCUGAAGCUAGGAGUUAACUAAUGUUAGCACACUAGCUACAUUAGCCCAAGCUAGGAGUUAACUGAUGUUAGCACACUAGCAUCAAUAGCUGAAGCUAGGAGUUAACUGAUGUUAGCACACUAGCAUCAUUAGCUGAAGCUAGGAGUUAACUAAUGUUAGCACACUAGAAUCAUUAGCCCAAGCUAGGAGUUAACUAAUGUUAGCACACUAGCUACAUUAGCCCAAGCUAGGAGUUAACUGAUGUUAGCACACUAGCAUCAAUAGCUGAAGCUUGGUGUAAUGUUAGCAGUUAGCUACAUCAGGUUGAGCUCUAAAUAUACUAAUGUUAACAUAUUAGCUUCACUAGCUUUAGCUCCAAGGUUAAUGUUAGCAUCGUUAGCCACAUUAGCUCUAUAUUUUUAAAGGUUAAAUCUUGUUUUAAGGGAGUAAAACUUUGAAAAGUCGAUUAAGGGCAGAAAUAAAGAGAUUUCUCCGUGAAGCUGGUUUCAAAGUGAGAACCCUUCGAUAACAACGAGCCUUUAGGGAUCACGUGUAUCCGGCCACCUUCAGGUUGAUCAAGUAAAAGUGACGUAGAGCCUCACUAAAGUGCCUCUGAUGACGUUAGAUGUUACCUCAUGACGAUACUGCUGAUUGAAUACCUGUGAUUGUUGAUUUAGAAACAGAUAAUGAGGAUCAUUUCGGGACAUUUUGAGUUUUUCUAUCCUUCAUUUUUCUCUAAACUUUUCUAACGUUGGAUUUGAAAACAAUUUUUUUUUCCUGACGCUGGUUUUUUUGGUUUUUUUCUGAAAGAGAAGGCGUUGCUCCUUUUUGUCCCUCCUCUGCUGCCGUAGCGUCUGUACAGAAGUCUGAAAGCUGUUCUGAUCAGGUGAAACUUUUCUUAAUAAAAACUCAGAAACUCA